CGCGUGCACGCGGGCGCGCACCCUCGGACAACGUCGAAUUCCCGGGCGCUCCGCGCGGGCUCGAGACCGGCGCUGCAAGGCUCCACGGUGUCGGCGUAGGCGGAGGGGGCGUGAGGAUCGCGCUACGGUGGCCGCCGAGGGACGACGCUACGGCUCCCACGCUGGGACAAACGCCUCCGGCCCGGCCCGGGCGCGCCCUCCCCUCCGGGCCGGCGCCAGCCGGGGGUUAUUGAAGGGCCGCGCGAAGCGACCCCAUCUUCGGCGGCAUGAGCCCGCCCCGGCAUCGCAACCCCAGGGCACAGGCUUGCCCGCGGGCCCGGUCCCCAGCGCCGUCGGCCUGCCGCAUGGUUCCGGACACCGGCACCGCCGCGGAGAGGGCACCGGGCCAGCACCUCCCCCAAGGCUCAGCUGAGAGCUCCUAGGUGCUGAUGACACCUAUGCUAGCCAUCUGGACGCUGCACUACCACUGCAAAAUAGCACUGCCGCCUGGGCCCAAUGCCGGUCAUGCCCAUCCCGCGGCGGGUGCGCUCCUUCCACGGCCCGCACACCACCUGCCUGCAUGCAGCCUGUGGGCCAGUGAGAACCUCUCACCUGGCUCGCACCAAGUACAACAACUUCGAUGUAUAUGUCAAGACCCGCUGGCUCUACGGCUUUAUCCGCUUCCUGCUCUACUUCAGCUGCAGCCUCUUCACCGCGGCCCUCUGGGGCGCUCUGGCCGCACUCUUCUGCCUGCAGUACCUGGGUGUACGUGUGCUGCUGCGCUUCCAGCUCAAGCUGUCGGUGCUGCUGCUGCUGCUGGGGCGCAGGCGCGUGGACUUCCGUCUCAUGAACGAGCUGCUCAUCUACGGCAUCCAUGUGACCAUGCUGCUAGUUGGGGGUCUGGGCUGGUGCUUCAUGGUCUUUGUGGACAUGUGAGGACUCAACCUCCAUGGGGUUCUAGAUUGUGCUGUAUCAAGUUGCUUUCCUUGAAGGGUGGGGCUUGGUAGGGGCCUUUUUUUUUUUUUUGCCCCAUCCCAAGGGUAAGGCCUGAAGCACACACUCCCACUGAGGAGAGAAAAGGGCUGAGAUUGCUCUGUGAUGGGGACACCACGGUCUCCCUGUUGGCUUCUGCGCUGUCCUUCCUGUGCACUGCCCCAGAUGUGACAUCCCUCUUAGCCUCUUGCCUCUGGUUGCCUGUACCUUUUUCAGGUUGUCCAGUGGGUGGCCUAUCUGUCCUUUCUGCACCUUGAGACCUUCUGUGUGACGUUGUCACCAACGUCAGGCCCAACCAGUGGGACACACAAGGGGUGCCUCUGGGCUGCACAGCCCCUUUAUGUGCCCUGUUCCUGGCUCUAGCCUCAGGGACCCAAUCUGGCUAUACAGGCAGACACCCCACUGCCGCUAGCUGCGCCCCCUUCUGAGCUGCUUGAAUCCUAAACCCAUGGGCCACUCACUGCUGUCACCAAGUGGCUGUGUCUAUCUUUAACCCUAAGUCAGGCCGCAGGGUCACCUUGGUUUGCAUAGGUGCAGUCUAGCAGGACACCAUAUAUGGCAUUGGCCGGUCCCUGAUGCAAGGGAGCACAGACACCAAGGCUUGGACUCCAGAGCAGGGGCUGGUCCAUACUCUGGGCAGGUCUGUGUGUCAGGCCAUGCUGGAGCUCUGCAAACUUAAGGAACCUAGGAAGCCACUUCCACUUAGCACUGGGAGGAGCCUUGACUGUCUCUGAGGGAUGGAAGCCUCCAGCAGCCUCCCAAAGUCUUGGCUAAACCUGUGGAAAGCAGGAGCAAACAGAUUGUACCUCCUCAGUGGUAUUUAUCAGCCCCAGUGGACAGCCUGGGUGGGCUAGCUGCACCUUCCCCGCAUGGCUGUUAGACCUGGUUUGUGAGAUAAAAAAUGAAGGGAGUACCUGACCACCUUUGGCCUCUGUCAGGAGUGGGUUGUGGCUCUCACUGGUGACAAGGGCCUGGAUGAAGUACUUUGAGUAGUAACUGCAGGGGCAGGACACUGAGCAGAUCUGCCAACACAUGCUUCACCCCAAACUGUCACCCCACACCCUGGGCAUGGGGGUGGCCCCUUUGACCCUACCUUGCCAGGAAAGCCAAUUGUGUUACAUUGAAGAGAAACCUGAAGAAAUCCAAACAGGGAAAGCAAAGCUGAGGACUGCCCUAGCUUUUUAAUUUGUAGCCAGCUGUGCCCAUUGGUAUAGCGGGAAGGCUCACGGAGGAAGUCUGUCUGCCUCCCAGGACAGCAGAUGAGGUACCUUCCCAGUGGCCCCCGCUGCUUGCUUGCUGCAGAGAAUUGUUUGCACUAAAUGACACUCUUCCCCCAAAGUAGCUUUGUUCUUUGUUAAUUAGUUCAUGUUCCUCAGAGUGGCCUGAAGCCCCAUUUGCUGGGUGGUGGUGGGUGUGUCGGAGGGCUGGUGGUGGGAGAAGAUGACAGGACCUUGUCACCCACUGCACACCCAGCUGCCCAGUGUCCUGAGUGCCUGUUAAAUUCUUUAUGAGAUGAAUCACCUGCAUUAAACCUAUUUUUUUAAUGUGU